AUGCCUUCUUCAUCACGUGUCCCUCAACCACCAGCAAUGAGAGGUACAGGCAGGGGUAGAGGAUUUGGUUCUGGAGUUGGCCCAAAUCGGAUGUAUGCACUAGUAGGUCAUCAGGAUUCAGAGGCAUCCCCAGAUGUGGUUACAAGUACCUUAUCUAUUUUCUCUUAUGAUGUAUAUGGAUUGAUAGACCCAGGUUCUACCCUAUCAUAUGUUACUCCAUUCGUUGCUAAGAAAUUUGGAGUAGAACCAGAGUUAUUACAUGAGCCAUUUGCAGUAUCGACUCCCGUAGGAGACUCUGUUAUAACUAGAAGGAUCUAUUACGGGUGCCUAGUAACAAUAUGUGGCCGUGACACAUUGGCAAAUUUGAUAGAGCUAGAAAUGGUUGAUUUUGAUGUCAUUAUGGGCAUGGAUUGGUUGUCAUCUUGUUAUGCAACAGUUGAUUGCUGA